AUGGAAAAACAAAUCGAUGCAAACCUCAUCCAUUCGCAAUCACUCUUUGAAAACAAGUAUUCCAUUGUCAAUACUUCAUCCCAAAAGGACGCUAGCAUUCUUUCAAUAACCAAAGAUCCAGUUAUCGAGAGAAAUCAUCAUUCUUCUCAACCAGUGCUUUCUUCUGGAAUGAUCGAUACAAGUUCAAUGACUCUUAAUAAUUCUUCAUUUAUAGGUAGUGAUCAUUCUGCCAAUGAUUAUCGAAAAUACAAGAAUCAAUUGAAUAUUUUGCAAAAUAUGAAAGGAAAUGGAUCAUUUCAGAGAAAACAUUUUCGUUGUCGAUUUCAAGAAGUGGAUGAAGAAGAGGAAGCGACUCAAUAUCUUGAGAGAAUGAUUCCAGAAAAGAUUGUUGGACAUUAUUCGAAAUUUCAGAAAUAUAGAGAGAAUGAAAAAAACAAAUGGAAUGCAUUUGUGGAACAUAUUGCACCACCUAUUGAAAUGAAAAAGAUCAAAAAGAAGCAAAAGAGUGUUUUGAAGGGAGUGACAGAAAGUGUUGAUGACCAGAAGGAAAAUAAGGAAAACGAAUCACCCAACGUGCAAAAACAACGAGAGAACAAAAAUAACGUUCCAACCAAAAAGGUAGACAAAAAGCUUCCAAUGAUAAAGACUGUAAAUCUAAGAGAUCAACAAGAAGAAGAGGUAGACCAUACCAAUUCAAAUGAAGAUCGAGAUCAAAAACAAAAAAUCAAGAGUGUUGAGUCGUAUGCGUCAAGAAUUUUACAAAUACCAUCAUCUAUUGAAUUUCCUGAUGAGGACAAGUAUGAUUUUUCUGGCUCUCAAAAAGUGUCAAAAUGUGACACAUUAAUGGCUCGAUAUGAAUACAUUUAUCAAUACAAGGACGCUCUUCAGCCCCACUUUGCAGGACUCAACCAAAAGACGGCCGACUUACUUGUCAGAUGUAAAAAAGAAGCCAUCUCAAAAUGGAAUCAGGUAGAAGGGUUUUUCGAACAAGACAAACAAGAAGGCAUGAAGAAGAAGUGUGAAUAUAAUUUAAGGCUCAUGAAUGACAAGUUGCAUCAAUUCAAGUGCUCACCUCUCACACAAAAUAUAUACAACAAAAAGAGUGUCACGAUUGCAGACAUGAAAAGAUUUAAGAGUGAGAGUGCUCUACCAACUGAGCUUGUCACGAAUCAUAAUAAUUUGUCAAAGAGUACACAUUCAAAAGACAAACAAGUCUUACCUAAUAUUCCACUCAUUAUUACCAGCAGUGAUGAAAAGACAUCUACAAUUAGCACUGUCUUUGAGAACAAAGACAGUAACUCUCAGACCACAGCUAGAGCCAAAUCAAAAGAACAUUCCUUACUGCAAUCUCCUCCAUCCAUUUUAAGAGUUUCAAGAUCGACAGGAUUUAUCGAAACCACCUCGUCUCCAGCUCAACAUUUUCAAACCUUAUUUGAUAAGGAAUUUUGA